AUGGCCAGCUCAAAUCCACACACUGGAUCUAUCAGUAAGGAAAAAUCUGCUCUACUUUGCCAAUUAUGUAAAAAAGAGCAAAAAAACAAAUGGAAGUGUUUACAGUGUUCUUUGAUGAUGUGUCAAAGAUGCAAAGACAAAGUUCAUCCGAAAUUUAAAUCUGCAGAAAGUCACCAAAUUAUUGACCUGAAAGAUGUAGGACAGUUAAAUUAUGAGGAAGAGAUAGAUUUCUCCCUAUUCAAGUGCGUUGACCAUUCUUGGCAGCCAUGCUGCUUAUAUUGUGAAGGUUGCAAUGUCAUGGUUUGUCCUAGUUGCGUUGAUGGAAUUCACAAAAAGCAUGAACUAGUUGAAAUAAAGAUGGCAAUACAGAGAAAAGUAGUGAGUGUUCGGAACAGAAUAAAACUCAAUGAAUUUGCAUUGAAAGAAUUAAAGGAGAAUGACAGGAAAUUGAGAGAAAUUCAUUCAACAGAAAAGGAUAGUUAUGAUAAAUCGGGUGACAAAAUUUUGGAACAAGAAAAACACAUCCUUCACAUUUUACAAAAUCAUACAAAAACACUAAAAGAUGAACUUAACGAGAAAUGGAUAGAUAUGGACAAUUCUGUCUCUGAGGAAAUAAAUAAAGUAAUAGAAUCUGGUACUAAAUUAGACGCGCAAAACAAAACUUUACUUGAAAUUCUCCACAACAAUGAUCCAGUUGAAACUUUUGAUUGCAGAGAAAGUUAUGCCAAAAUAACGCCUACGGUUCUAAACUUCAACACGAUGCCAGUAUUUGUUCCUAAUAAGCUUCAUGAAAAUGACUUGAAAUUUGGUUCUUUGAAACAGCUGCAAUCCAUCCCCAAACGAACAACAUCAAUAUCAACUUCAAACACACAAUUUCAACUUUUGAACUAUUUACUCUGA